AUGUGUGGUCAUGAUAUCUUAUCGCCGCCACCUCUGUCAGAUGAUGGGUCAUAUGACUCCGAAUCGAGUUCCAGUGAGCCACGAUUGACACCGCAAGAACUUGGGGCUUUGUUUGUCGACUUCUACUCGUUCAUGGCCACACUGAACUACGACAAAUCUGAGCUCAAGAUCCCCCCACCAACUGGAUGGCCAGAGAUCACAUCAGAAUCCUGCGGAGGUACAAAGUCCGACUACGCUGUCGAGGUUUUGCGUCAUCUACCUUACUUCAACAGCAAAGGCAAAUCUCGCAUCCACUACAAAUCCAAACUCUGCGACCUAACCGCCUGGAGCCCUGACGACUUUAAGAAGAACAGAGAGACCUACGAUUUCAUGGAAUUCUGGUCAUCGGAGAGUGAGCAGGACCCUGACGAUGUUGUCCUCAUUGCUGAAGGAUAUGAGAGUUUUGGUCGCGGACUGUGGCUUCUUGUCAACGAUUGUGAAAUAAUCGAGGACAUGUUGAAGGCGAAUAUACUAUCUUCUGUCCCAGUUGAAGAAUUCUUUGCGAAGCUCAAGGAUCAAUAUGAAAGAUUGCAGCUGAUUCCUGGAGAGGAUAAGGUUACAAUUGAGGCGGAGACUGUCCCGGAGCGCCAUGAGAGGAUUUCAGAGGAGGAGGUGAAUAGCCAAACGGUGGAAUGGCGAACGGACCUUGAUGUACAGUAUAUAAGGCAGGUUUACCGUGACUAUGGGUGGCCGCAUUCCUUUGAUUCCAAGGCUGCUUCCAAGGCUAUAAAUGAUUGGCUAGAACCUGGAGGUGUAGGUACAGGAGAAGGACCAAGGGGCUUUGCCUGGGAGGGUCAGUAUUCAGAUUGA